CUAUACUCUCUCUUUAUGGUUAACCGAUUGCACAAUUUAUUUCAUUGCCGAUAUAGUUAGGUUAUAAUUUAAGCGAGCAAACUUUCAUUAAAAUAUUUUAAAUACAGUGUCUAAUUUCUGUCUCGAUUAUGGCGCAGAGCAAGUUGAAUGAUAUGGCAGGGAAAUUCGCAAAAGGUGGGCCACCAGGAUUGAAUAUUGGUCUGAAAGUUGUAGCCGUGGUUGGAGCGGCAGCUUAUGGAUUCUCGCAAUCAUUAUUUACCGUCGAGGGAGGUCAUCGAGCCAUCAUGUUCAACAGGAUAGGAGGUGUCCAACAACACGUCAUGAGUGAGGGUCUGCACUUCCGUAUACCGUGGUUUCAGUAUCCCAUUAUUUACGACAUCAGAUCUCGACCUCGCAAAAUUUCAUCACCCACUGGCUCCAAAGACUUACAAAUGGUGAAUAUUUCAUUAAGAGUAUUGUCGCGCCCGAAUGCAAGUAAUUUACCUGUUAUGUACAGACAACUGGGAACGGACUAUGACGAGAAAGUGCUACCAUCUAUUUGCAAUGAAGUUUUAAAGUCAGUCGUGGCCAAGUUCAACGCAUCACAACUUAUUACACAACGUCAGCAAGUUUCGUUGCUCAUUAGAAGAGAAUUAGUGGAACGAGCUGCUGAUUUUAACAUAAUUUUGGAUGAUGUAUCUUUGACUGAAUUGAGUUUUGGCAAAGAGUAUACGGCAGCGGUAGAAGCGAAACAGGUAGCCCAACAAGAAGCUCAGCGCGCCGCUUUCGUAGUAGAAAGGGCGAAACAAGAGCGCCAACAAAAGAUUGUUCAGGCUGAAGGUGAAGCUGAGGCUGCAGAGAUGUUGGGUAAAGCCAUGGGUAUGAAUCCUGGCUAUUUAAAACUACGUAAAAUUCGUGCAGCACAAAGCAUUUCUAGAAUGAUUGCUCAAUCACAAAAUAGAGUCUUCCUUCCUGGCAAUAGUUUGAUGAUCAAUUUGCAAGAUCCUGCCUUUGAUGAUCUAUCAGAGAAACUAACUAAGAAGAAGUAACAUAUGGUCACGGUGGAGUGCGUUGAAGACUUGAAGCAAAAGACCACUACUACCGAUGAUGAUACUGCCAUUAUAAUUAGUGGUGCUGCUUCUAUCUCUGUUUAGUGCAUUUGUGUUAGUGAUUCACAAAGAAUAAAUGUAACUGUUGUUUCUAUUAUGAUGUGGCCUGUUUAUUAGAUGUAGAUUUAUAGUAUAUAUGAAAAUCACAUUGGUUUUAAUAAAAUUGUUAAAAACUA